CUAGGCCGGUGUAGUCGUGUCAGUGUGUGUGUCUGUGUGGGUGUACAGUUAGCGCACGCGCACGCCCGUGCUACCCUUCAUUCAGCCGGGCCCUUCUGUUGCUGUUGUGUCACAAUCUAAUCUCGUACUGGACCUCGUAGAUUGCAGGAAUACACAGUAAAACAUGGCGUGGCCACUGGUGGCUUUUGCCCUGAUGUUGUCCACUUCCCAGGGAGUCUACGGCAUCUUCAACACCACCUCCAUCAUCAUACAUCCGGAGGGCUUUUCCAUCUAUCCCUGUCUGCAAGUGGACCAUAGAGAGCAGGAUAUUGACUCUGCGUUGAUGGGCUUGUGGUACGUGAUCGAGAUAAUUCAACACAAAGACGAGCCACAAAACCGAGGAACCAUGGUCUCAGACAUCUGUCCGAAGAUCUCUCUCUACAAAACAUCUCCCAAGCACAUCAAGCUAGUGUGGCAUGAGAGAGCAGGCGAUGUCCACUACACCUUCCAGCUGACGGACCCAGAAAACAGCGGAUUCUGGAUCACAUGGAGCUUGCAAAACGGUUCAAUGCUGAACAAAUCGUACAAACAGUUUGCCGGAAGUGUGCAAGUGAUUGAUGCGCAGCCAAACAGAAUGGUUCUGACGUUCUGUUCCAACACCAACAACAGGACGCACUACAGCAUCGUGAUGGUACGCAACAUCACCGUGCACCACGACACGCAAGAAAUCCACCGGAGUCUGCAGAACUACAGACUGCCUGAGGUAGGGACUCGUCUAACGUGUCGUGACCCGCCCGAACCCGACUCUGCGUCUCUGCGGUUGUCCUCGGCCAUGGUCGUACUGCCCGCUACGCUACUGCUACUCUCAAGACUGAUCUAACCUCGAUUAACUUUCACGUCAAGUUUCACCGUCUAUUGAUCAACAGGACUUCCUAGUCUCUGUGUUUGUAAAUAUUCGUCACCCAAAGACUUCUAAUGUUCGCUAUGUUGUUUAGAUUUUACAAUUUUUUACUUUUGUUGAUUUUAAAAUUGUAAUAUAUAGGUUGAUUUUUACGAGUUUGGAUAGAAUGGUCCAUAUUAAGAGACUUGAAAUCAAAAUUUUGGAUGUAAAUAGAACAAAUAUGUUCACAAUAUAACAGUUUGUGGUUCCUCGUAUUAGAAAGGAUAUGCAAUCCUGUUGUAAAUAGUGUUAGGUAUCACAUUCAAUGAAACCUGUAUCACCAAAGUGGCAAGCUUAAAUGAAGGCAGAUGAGGGCUGUGGAAAAGGAGUAACCAAAGAUUAUUCAACUCAAGCAGCAUCAAGUGUUUAGUUUUGAAAACAUGAAAGUACAUAAGAAGGAAAAGUAGCAAGGCAAAUUUGUUAGCAUAUUUAUAGUGGUUAUUCUCCUAAUUCUAAAAAAAUAUACUUGCUUCAAAAAGCUGUUAAUGUCAUAAAAUUAACCUUUAUGUUUAAAUCAAUUAAAUAUGUUAUAUUUACAAACUAACAUCAUCAUUUACUCCUAAAAAAGUGUCCCUAAUAUUUUUUACAUAAGUCACGUGGUGUUUUAAAUGCUCUUUUUAGCUGUAACUAUAACUAUUUGAAAAUUCUUUUACUAUGACCUUAUGUAGGGUUUAUACAUGUUAAUAUAGCUUCUAUGUAAUAUAAAAUGUAAGAUAAAGUUUCUUAGAUUAAUUAUAUGUAUGUUCUUUAACUGUAAUGUUCUAGUAUUGUAGAUUAGUCAUAGGUUUUAAUUUGUUUAUAUUUCACAUUCCAUUAAAUUUUAUUUUUUACAUAAAAAUAUUUUGUAUACUUUAAUUUUAUUAGAAGUGAAUCCUAACUUCUGUGUAAGUUGUUAAUUUUCCUUUAUUUGUUAGGUGCAAACAAUCAGGCAACCCUUUUAAAAAUAACAAACAGAAUUUAAACAUACAACACUUUUCAAUAAAGGAACAGCGAGAGUGUUACUACUUUCAAUAGCUUGCAAAAAACCAUAUUCAAUAUCACUAAUACAUUAACAUUCCCAACCGAUUGGGGAUACAGCUGGUGUAGCGGUUGGAGUGCCAGACGUUGGUUCUGAGAAAUAAGGUUAAAAUGUUGCCAAUCAUCAUUGGUUUUUGGCAAUGUUAUCAGUUCUUUGAAGAGUGCAUGUUUUCAGCUGGAAAUGGAUGCAAGGUGAUUGUAGAGUGGAGAGAUGAUAUGUGAAGCUUCAGCUGUUUCAUGGUUUAGGAUUAUUGAUUAGAAUCCCAAUGAUAAAGAUCAGCGAAGUUACUGACUUUGAAUAGAUACUGUCACCUGUACCAUAGACAAAAAUAAUUAAAUAUAGACCGUCAGCUGUGCUGCGGUUACCAUAGGUUCUGGCACACAUCGCUUGGAGUGCCAUGUAGUUACGCCGAACGUGCUACGUAACUACAUGGCACUCCCAGCGGUGUGCGCCAGAACCUAUAGUAACCUCAGCACGGCUGAUAGUCUAUAUUUGAUUCUAUUUGUCUAUGCCUGUACGCUCCAAACCCUCCUUAAGCUGUAUGUCCAAAUGUGAAACAAAAAAGAAGUCUCUCAGACCAAGGGAACUUCCUCUAUGUCAGGGAUAUCAAUGUUAACUUAUGAAAAUAAUAAAUGUUUUUGUACUAUCAUUUUAUUUCAAACCACAAUAUUGAACACACUAAUAUUUAACACUAUAAUGUACUAAAAUAAGUGUUUAUUCUCAAAUAAAAGUGUUGUACAGUUAGAUGACUGUAUAUCUUUAGUCAAUGGUAAAGCAAAUGGCGAUCAUCAACUUAACUGUGAAUUUUCAGAGCUUCCACCAUAGCAUAUUGUUUGGUACAAAAACAGAAUUUGUUUUUUCUAACUAAAUUAAAAAGAAGUCUAUAUACAAAAUAGUUAUUUAGCAAAACGACUUUCAAUAUUGAACUUAGGGAGAUAGGAAAUUUAUAUUAUUACCUUUAGGCAGAUAGUUUUUCUAUUUAGUUUUUGUAACACACGAUAGUCAUACAUUUAUAGUACCUACUGUAAUCAAAUAGAAUAUUUAAUCAUUACACAGUCAGUUCAAUAAGUAAGCUAUACUUUUAAAAAGCUCUGCCAAUCUUGAAAUUAUCAACAGCUUUCCAUGAAACCUAAAUCACUAGUAUGAUAAGUAAUGGAAACUGUAUGUAAAAAAAUUACCAAACAAUUUUCCAGCUUUAAGAUGUCUAGCUUUGAUAAUAGUUUUUCUUCUUCAUAACUGUAGGCCUAUAGUCUCAUUCAUGCUUAAAAAAUGUCACAUUAUUAAUUUUAUAUUCAUAACAUAAACAAUUCUGUUUAUAACAUAAAAUUUAUUCUUGUAGUUAUGUUAAAUACGUAAAAUAGAUAUUAUUUCAAUAAAUAACCCAUAAAAAUCUAUUUGUAAUGUUUAUUCAAAUUGCAAAAUACUGAGCUAAAAAUUCAAGGUAGGUAUUUAUAAUUCCAAAUACAAAAUCUUAUUAUGAAAUUAAAUC